AUGGCGAAACAACCGCAACCCGCAGCAAAGCCGAGUCCAUCACCGUGCUCCGCAAAAGGCGUGGAUCUCAAUUCACUUCGAGCGACCGCCUUGCCAUCCAUCGUUUUCAAGCCGGCGAGGAAGCACGAUUUCCCAGUGGUAGUGCUGACCGCACGCAACCCAGUGGCCAUAUGCAUAAUGAUCAAACAAUGGCUCCUUGACCAGCUGAAUCCCUUCCUGGAAAAGGACGAUCACCUCCUCCGCAUCGAGCCUCUUGAGGUGUUCCAGCUCGAACCUCGCAGGACAGGGUCCCUUAUUCUUCUCGAAGAUGCCGCGCAUAUCGAGGAUGCCGAGCACAAAGGAAGAUCGGAUGGCAUCCCAAUCGCAAUUUUCGCGCUCCUCAUGCCCAAAGAUCCACGCGUCCGCUUCUUCUACAUUCAAGGUCCCAUCACUCCAUUGCUAAAUCGCCUAGCUUCCGAGUUGUGCAUCAGUGAGACGGCACGCGUCAUCAAACCAACACCACACCUUCAUGACAACGUAGACGCAACGCCAGACCAUCACUGUCGCAUCUACACAUGGCUGCAGGAAGCGUUCCUCUCGGCCAUUGCCAUCCCUGAUCAUAAGGAUUACGCAAACGCCGUGUCGAUGACCGAUUACGCGCCCUUCAUCAAAGAGGGGGAGGAUGAUCUUGCGAUGGCGAAACUACAGUCCUGUGAUGUUCUCUACGCGACCAAAGACGAGCCCACAGAUUUGAGCGACGAUCGGUAUGUGUUCGCUCUACACAAAGCGGAGCGAGUUCUUGCUGCAGCGUUGGGGCUUCGAUGUGGGGAGUAUUUGCUCAUCAAGCGGCACUUCUUCCGCGCGUUCAAGGAUGAUGUGUUGUACAAUGAGAAGAAGUUGCUGAAGAAUGCGAAGGUCCGGACGGAGUACGCGCACGCGCAGUGGCUGGAGAAAUUCUAUGAGUGGAAGCUGACCAGGGCCAAACGCCUUGUCGCUGGGUGGAGGGAGGUGGGGUUCCUUGAAGAGGAUCGCAUUCGAGCGUGGAUUCGAAGUGGUGGACAGUUCGAGCUCGGUGAACACUAUGACGAGGAAUGA